AGGGUAUUCCUGCACAACCGGAGGCUGCAGUUUCAGGACCGCAGUUCUAGGACCCUAGUUUUUCGUGACAGCGCCACCUACCGUACUGGAUCAACACUAAUUAAAGAUGGACAACGUGGACAGCAAUCAGACGAUGCAUAUAACAAUCCAAAAAGGGAGAUCCCUGCCCGAAUUGAAGAGAUGCACCACAUGCUGCAAGGACUUUCACUGCCCGUUCUGUAGUUCAGCUUUGUACCACCCAUCAAAGUUGAGCAAGAUCAGAACCCAUUUAGAGAGCCAUUUCAAUCGUGCAGUUAUCCAUGAAGGGUAUACCAUUCACAGAUGUGGGUUACAUUGCCGACCACAGUUGCAUUACCACUGUAUCCACUGCCAGUCAAUGCUGUUACGUAAAUCUGAUUUCAUUAAACACUUGUCUUCGUGCAAGGAGAAGCACCCUGACAUAACCAACACAAUCCCAGCUCUGACAUUGACAACCAUCCCAUCUCCAAAAAAGAUCAAGUUGGCAGUUCCAACAACAGCAACCAACACCAUCCCAGAUCCAAUUACAAAAACCACCACCAUGCCAGAUCCAGCAAUUACAACCACCACCACUCUGCCAUCAACCCCAAGUGAACAGAUGCAAAGGGUCUGUGUGAAGACAAAACUAAAGAAAAAGUGUCCCAUAUGCCACCAACUCAUGCACAAGACAAAUUUAAAGAGGCACAUAGAAAGGAAGCACACAAGAAAACAAAAGGACAUCACAGCAACCUCCCACCUUCAGAAUGAAUGUAUCGAUCUGGAGAAUGGAAUUUAUAUCGUCCACAAAUCAUUUCAUGGUACCAGCAUACCUCUGCAUGUUCAAAAUAAGAUAUGGGGGGAAGAUCAACAUGUUUACUGUGAAUCCACUGAGUGCCAGGUGAACAUGGAGUUGGCAUGGAGGAGUGGAUUGAAAGCAUAUCAGUGCAUACACCUUAAAUCAAUAACAUACUGUUCAUCCUAUGCUUCCUUUCCUGUACUGAGUGAAGAUACACUUACUGAAAUGGUGAAGAGCAAGUGGUUUGGUGAGGAUAAAAAGAAAGUUUGCCUUGAUCUGCAAAACCUUGCCAACAGCAACCAUGUACCUUUGUCUGUGCACUGCAAAAUUGGAAUGCCUCAGUCAGUGAAAUACAUCUCUAUUUAUGAGCCUACAGUGUCAUAUUACAGUCGAUUGGGAAGGGUCAUUGUGUCAUAUGACACAAAAAAAAAUGCAUGGCACUGUCCUUGUCAUCGGACAAAGAGAUCAUGCAUACACAAAUAUAUAGGAAAAUGGCACUUAUUUCAGACACACCAUGAACUUUUCAGAAAAGUGCGGAGCACUGAGGAAGUGGAAGUCCUAACAUCAGCAGGGGAUGAAAACAGAGAUAAUGAGGCUGAUCUGGGUGACAUAAAGUAUCCACCAAAAGAUGACCAAUUGAAAGUCAUGGUCCAGUAUAUUCUGAAGAACAAAAAGUUACCUGUUGUACUUCCUGAACAUUUUCGGCUUCCAUCAGUGGAAAAGGAAUACCCAAGGCAUCUAAUUCCAGAAGAGAUGAUGUGUCAGCACUGCCCUGGCAAUGUACCCCUUAGUGACCCGGUCCUUAUUACACAAAACGCGAAAAUCCUCACCAGCUCACGUAUUGUUCAAGAUGUUUCUACCUACUGUAAGUCUUGUCAUCAGUGUGGAGCCUACUUUCGCUACCAAGAGUGGAAAGAUGGCAUACACAAUUUUAAUGAUCGGAUACUCCUUGACCUCCCUUUAUGCAUAACUAUUAGGAAUAUGCUACAGGUCCAUACUGCUGUCAGCAGAGUGGUGGAGUAUUUGGAAAGGACUACGGGGGUGCAGUUUCCCUCAGCUGAUACGAUUAUGCAAGGAUAUCUUCACUUUGAAGCUCUUACAGAACAUGACUAUGAGUAUUCCUGCGUGAACUGUGGGGACCAUCCACCGGUUGUCAUCAUGGACCUCCAUAAGAAGGGGGCCUUCCAUUUGUCAGUAAGUGACCUUUCAACACCCCCAGAAGACUUCAACGGAGAGGUUGAUAUGCAAAAGUUUUGGGAGGCACUUUCAUUGGAGAGGAUUGGUCGAGGAUUUGUAACAAGUCAACAAAAAAAUCCAUUUACAGUCCCACCAAGUUAUAACUUUUGGGCACCAUGGAUAGGUCCAAAACAUGUUCCUCCAAAACCGACUGAGGUCUCUGAAAUGACAGUAACAGAGGACCGCCUAAGAGAGGAACUAUACAAGCAGAAGGUUCAGGUGGUUAGGAAAUUAUGUAAGGAGUGUGGGUUAGAUUCGUCUGGAUCACGAGCUGACCUCCUUCUGAGAUUGUCAAAUGAAAUGAAGUCAAGGCAGACAUACAACAAGGUUUUUCAAAAGAUCUGGGCUGCUUCAGGUGGUUGGGCUGUAAUUAUGUGCCCAUGCGGCAUUGUGUACAGCAUAAAGUGUAACAUUCGAGCAGAAAGCCCACGUGACUUUGCAGACAUGUUGCUUUCUUGGAAGCACAUGCCCAAUGUUAUCAUAUAUGACUUUGCACGUGGGUUAGCAACCCACAUGAAUCUUAGAGAACCAGAAAGUUUGCCUUUCAAACCCUUUGAAGGACGGUUAAGCCCACCAACUCCAGACAACAUAGCCAAAGCCAAAGAUGGGAAACUUAAGGUCUCACUACCUUGGCUGAAUUGUAAAAAAAUGAUUCCAGACCCUGAAGGCCAUCCAGUGACUGGUUCAGCAGAGCAUUAUGCUCUGUAUGAUCGGUUCCACGAGGACAAUACGAAAGAUCCCCGUGAUGUCCUGCGGAAGCUUCGCACGGUCCCACAACUGGCUGGAAAAGUAAACAGUCAAGUUGCAGAACAGCUAUUUUCCAGAAUGAAGAAAAAUAAUUACUUUUUAAACAUGGCUUUACCUUCAACACAUCUGUUCCUUAUGAGGAAUAUUAUACACCAUCAUAACACGUACAGAAAUGAACAACGUCUAGGCAACAUAAAAAAGGCUUUUGGAAAUGAUGUCACAAUGAACAGGCACAGCCAGGCAGUGUUGGUAAAUCCAGUAUCCCCAGAGAAGGUCUCCACUGUUCCAAUGGGCAUUGAUGUACCAACUGUUUCAGCAGAGCCAGUGCCCAAGACAGCAUCCCUUGACACUCCCAAGGCAGCUCCCAAGACUGUGCCCAUGCCAUCGUUCCUCGCUGCGCCAAAGCCAGCACCCUUCGGCUUCUCAAAACUGUGUAAGCCCUGGGAAAAAGAAUUGAAUCCUAUCCAGGACAAACUGCUCAGCUAUGUUCUGGACACGAGACGGCCUGGAGCAGAAAUUAUUAUAAAAGAAGGGCCCACAUGUCUCACCCGUGAAGAGUUUUGGAGCCUAGGGUUACAAAGAGACAUGGAUUCCCAGAUUGGGAAUGCCUGCUUCAAAUUGAUUCAUGAAGCAGCUCAGCAACAUGGAAAAGACAUAUAUAUAGAGGACAUGUACGUAAUUCCUACAUGGAAGCGUACACCAAAAAACAUGGCUGUCAACUUUCCAGAGGAUGUUGACAUGAAAGACUUGUUGGUGUUUCCAGCAUGGACCAACUCAAAUGGGCCAGAACACUUCGUUCUCUGUAUCAUGAAGCCACUCAUGAGAGAGAUUGUCUUUUUAGACUCACUGUAUGCAAUGCAUGAGUCUGGAUUUGGUGAUGAUGAGUACAGAGCCAUUUUUAGGUUCACAAAUGAGGCAUACUGUUUGACAUGUUCAUAUAACAAUUUAUAUUUUCGGCUACGUUCUUAUAGCCUGUACUGCUAUAUUUCGGCUACGUUCUUAUAGCCUGUACUGCUAUAUUUUGGCUACGUUCUUAUAGCCUGUACUGAUAUAUUUCGGCUACGUUCUUAUAGCCUGUACUGAUAAUAUUUUGGCUACAUUAUUAUC